CUGGGAAUUUAAUGGGGGGAAAUGCCUCAGAUCUAAGUGCAAGUUCGAGCAUUCUUGCGAGCGAUGCGCGGGGCCCCACCCACGCAUUAGCUGCCCGAAGGGAAAGCCUUCCCUGCCCUUUCGGAAUGCCCGACCCACAACCAGCCCCAACAACAGAAAGGAUGGCGGGUCAGGGAACCCCGGGGCCACCUCCACUGCGUGAGGCCGGGGGAACUCGGGACCUCACAGGCUUGGCCGCCUCCCCUGUGAAGGUCCAUGCCAUGAUCCCCUUACUGCAGGCUUACCCCAACAAGUUGGCGGCUCAAUUUUUAUUGGACGGAUUUACCAAAGGUUUUAGGAUUCCUUUCGCAGGCCCCAGAGUUCCCACGGAUUGUGGAAACCUUAAGUCAGCCAGGGAUCUGCCCCGUGUGGUGGAGGAUAAGAUUAACAAAGAAUUACAAGCUGGCAGGAUCGCUGGCCCAUUUUCUUCCCCUCCCCUGCCCAACCUUAGAGUGUCCCCUGUAGGGGUGGUCCCCAAGAAGACGCCAGGGGAGUUUCGAAUGAUAAACCACCUUUCAUAUCCCACGGGCUCUUCAGUGAACGAUGGCAUCGACCCCGAAGUCAGCUCUGUCAGGAAUUGUGGAACCUUGGCACAGAUUAGUGGCUAUGGGCAUCAGGGAAUCGUUGGCACCAGCGACACGUCGGGCUUACCAGAGGGGACUACAGAACUUCCUGGAUUUCCACUCGGCAUCGUUGGGCAAGCACAAGUCACCCUAUACGGAAGAAGCUAUCCUGCGAUACCUGGCCCACCUACAGCGAAGAGGACGGUCGGCGCGGACGCUUCACAUUUUUAUGGCGGCAGUUUCGUUUCACUGCAAAAUCUCCUCUCUCCCCGACCCAUCCCGCUCUUUCGCUGCCCGCCAGGCCAUAAAAGGGUGGGCCAGGAUGGCCCCCCGCAAGCAGGACGGGCGGCGCCCGGUUUCUCUUUCCCUACUCAAACAGAUCCUGUCCACCCUCCCCUUUGUUUGCAAGUCCCGUUACGAAACAUUAUUGUUCAGAGCUGCCUUUACAUUGGCAUUUUACGGUGCCUUUAGGAGUAGUGAACUGGUUUCGGCAUCCCGCAAUGACAAUACAGGUAGAGCCUUGGCACGGGAUGACAUCACCAUCUCUGACCAGGCCUUACAUAUACACCUUCGCCGUUCAAAAACUGACCAGCUAGGGUAGGGCACGGACGUAACUAUUCGGCCAGCCCCACCAUGCCUCCCUUGCCCCGUCUCUUUGGUUGAGGCUUACAUGGCUGCCCGCCCUGACAUGCCGGGCCCGCUGCUCAUGCACAAGGACGGGACCUGCUUGUCCCGCUACCAGCUGGCCAGUGUGUUCCGGUUGUGUCUCAAGAGACUGCACCUCCCCCACUUGUCUUUUGGCCUUCACUCCUUUCGAAUUGGGGCAGCAUCCACCGCCGCCUCCCUGGGCUGGCCGGCGGAACGCAUCCAGUCAUUGGGCAGAUGGCGAUCUUCCGCAUACAGGGCUUACAUCCGGCCCAUCACACAUGUUUAGCUUGCUUGUCUUUCAGUUUUUACAGGUCCUCGACGCAUUUGGAUAAUUGGACACAGCAUCGUCCACUGGGCAUCUCGC